AUGGCUUAAUAAACUCCAAAAAAUAAUAAUUCUAACAAGUUUAAUUCUAAAUUACAAUUGCCUUCCAAUUAAAAAUAAGUUGUUAAUUCAUCUCAAACUCUCGAUAAUGAUGUAAUAUCAAGUAAAAAGAAAGUAUAAUAUUAUUAAUAAAUUUAGGAGGUGUAUGAUAGAUUAAUGAGUUCUUAAACAAAUAGAGAUAAUCAAACAGAAGUAUCUCAAUACUUUGAUCAUUUGGGAGGUAAAAAUUGAAUAAAUAAAAACAUAAAGGCAAAUGUCUAUGUGCAUUAUGUAACUGUGGUAGACAUAAAUGUAAUGGUAAAAAUUGUAUACACAAACCCUAAUUACAUGGGAAUUAUACAAUUUAUUAAAAGGAGUAUCAGAAAAAGACCCCAGAAACUGGAUCUCGAUAUAAUUAGAAUAUAUUCACUUAACCAAAAACAGAAGGGGAUAUAGGAAAUGUAACAACUUAUAAAGUAUAUAUAAAUAUCCUAAUAAAUUAGCAUGAUUUUCCUGGAUAUAAUAGUAAAGCUGAAUUGCAUAAAAGUUCUUAGAAGCCAACUGUAAGUGGAGUCCCUUUUUCGGGAUUGUCAACUUAUAACAAUAUGUACUUAAAUUGGGGAAUGGGUGAUACACCUUAACUUUUACCAUAAAACAAUCCUACUGUUAUUAAAGAAAUGCCUUUUAUGGGAAAAAGUAUCUAUAAAGACAGUUACUAAGGAGUAUAAGCUCCUCCAGUAUAGAGUUGUAAAAAUAUGAACAAAGCCAUGAAGUAUAUUAUUUAUUAAUUUAGAUCCCCAUUAUCUCCACCAGAUUUAUAAUUCUCAGCAGAAUCAAUAGCUAAGUCGUCGUAUAAACCAUUUAGAACUGAUAAAGUACCAACAUCUAAGAACUAAUAAAAUGUAUUAUAUUUAUAUAAAUUAUUAGCCAAACUUAAAUCCUUCAUAUAAUGGAUAAUAUAAUAGUGAAUAUCGCAAAGAAUUUGAUUCAAAAAGUUUAAAUUAAUGUCCAGCUAAGGAAGUAUUGGAAGAAGUUGCUCGUAACACAGAAUUUUGA